AUGUCUCAUACCAAUAGUGAUCGUCGUGACACAGUGAUCGACAUAGGGAAGCUGGUUAAUUUCACUGGUGGACUCGAGUUUUCAAGCCUUACAUAUACAGUGACAAAGAAAAAGAAGGAUGUUGAAGGGGAAUGGUUCAAAAAAGAAGUAGGUUUGUUGAACAGGAUUACUGGCUAUGCACCAAAAGGGUGCAUCACUGCAGUGAUGGGUCCAAGUGGUGCGGGCAAAUCUACACUACUGGAUGGUUUGGCUGGGAGAAUAGCUAGUGGGAGUCUCAAGGGCAGGGUGUCCUUGGAUGGGAAGGAAAUGAGUCCGAGCUUGAUUAAAAGGACUUCAGCAUAUAUAAUGCAGGAUGAUAGGCUAUUUCCAAUGCUUACUGUGUAUGAGACUUUGAUGUUUGCUGCUGAUUUUCGGCUGGGGCCUAUUUCAAGGGCUGAAAAGCAAGAGCGUGUGGAUAAGCUGAUCGAGCAGCUUGGGUUGUCUUCGUCCCGGAACACUUAUAUAGGUGACCAGGGGAUCAGAGGAGUGUCUGGUGGAGAGCGUCGCAGAGUGACAAUAGGGGUGGACAUCAUCCAUGGACCAUCAUUACUCUUCCUGGAUGAACCUACUUCAGGUCUGGACUCCACCAGGGCUCUUAGCGUGAUUGAAAAGGUGCACCACAUUGCACGCUCUGGAAGCACUGUAAUCCUCACAAUCCACCAGCCCUCAUCAAGAAUCCAGUUGCUCCUUGACCAUCUCAUAAUCUUGGCUCGUGGCCAGCUCAUGUUUCAAGGAUCACCCAAAGAUGUCACUCACCAUGUAUCACGGAUGGGGCGCAGAGUUGAGAACUCAAUUGAGCACCUAAUUGAUGUCAUACAAGAGUAUGAUCAGUCUGAACAUGUUGUUGAAGCAGUAGCUGAAUUUGCACUUCCCGGAUUGAAGCCCCUGCCAUUGGCAGGGAUGGAUAUGUCUGUUUCAUCGACUCUACCACCAACGCCUACUCCACCAUGUCAUAGCCGUCAAGCAGAAGGUCAAGAGAGUGCUGAUCAUCACAAGGGACAGGGAAAGCGCCUACAGUUACAAAAUAAUUCUCUUGUAUUUGAUUCUUUUGAUCACAGUGUAAGAAGCCCAUAUAACAAUACUUCAAGGUCAUGGAGUGCUAGUGAUCGUGGAUUGCAAGCACUGAGGCUUACACCUUCGCAGGCUAAUAAAAAAGGUCCAAAUUCAAUAAGUCUAUCCCCUGGCCACUACGCAUACUCGAGUGAAAUCCUUAGCACUCCAACACCUCACAGCAGUGACUACACUGUCAAUGAAGAUGACUAUCGCACCCCUGGCGGCGCUGAUGUUGCUAUGAACUCCACAGCAAACAAUAACCAUCUCGGCCCAAAGUUUGCUAAUUCAUUCUUAUCAGAGAUCAUGAUACUCAUGCGCCGCAGCUUCAAGAACAUCCGUCGUACACCUGAGCUUUUCCUCUCAAGACUAAUGGGCCUCACCAUAAUGGGUUUAAUGAUGGCCACCAUGUUUGUGAAACCCCCAAAAUCCUUGCAAGGCAUCACAGACCUCACCAGCUUCUUCAUCUUCACUGUCUGCCUCUUCUUCUUUUCUUCCAAUGAUGCUGUCCCAGCCUUCAUUCAAGAGCGUUUCAUCUUCAUCCGAAAGACUUCUCACAAUGCCUACAGAGCCUCAUCUUACACCAUUGCUGGUGUUGUUACUUACCUUCCUUUCCUUGCCAUUCAGGCUGGAGUCUAUGCUGGCAUUGUGUAUUUUGCAUUGAAGCUCAAAGGACUUUUCAUAUAUUUCUUGAUUGUUCUCUAUGUUUCCCUUCUCACAACAAACUCCUUUGUGGUGUUUGUGAGCCCAGUGGUGCCAAACUAUAUCUUGGGUUAUGCAGCAGUUGCUUUCACUGCCCUCUUCUUCUUGUUCUGUGGCUACUUCUUGAGUGGUCAUGACAUUCCUUCCUAUUGGCAGUGGAUGAACAAGAUUUCCACAAUGACAUAUCCUUAUGAAGGGCUUUUGAUAAACGAGUUUCAUAGAACGGAUAUUUAUGCAAAAGACCCACUGGGGAAUAACGUGUCUGGUAUUGAUGUUUUAGAUAGCCUUAAAAUUCAUGGCAGCGGAGGAAAGAAGUGGGAAAAGGUGUUCAUAAUGUUGGGUUGGGCUGUAAUCUAUAGGAUUUUGUUUUACAUAAUUCUUCGCUUUGGUGGAUAGCCUUCAAGUCCUCUAAAUUCUGAUAAUGUCACAUUAUUUACAUAUAUAGAUGAAUUUAUGGAAAAUUAUUAGGUAUUCCUAAAGUAUAAUAACCUAAAGUAUAA